AAUCCGCCCAAGGCGAGGGAGGGCACGAGAGAGACGCGCGAGAGAGAGGAAGAAAAGCGACCGUAUACGAAGAGAGGAAGAGGACAAGAGCAGCCACACAAUUAAGAGGAAGUGUUGUGUUGAACGUGGGCUAUAGAUGCGCGCAACAGAGUACAGAGGAGGUGAAGCUUCUCAUCCACAGACUCCUUUCUUCAAGAGUCAUUGACAAGAAGAGGAGAGAAGGAGUGAGAGGAAACUCCUAUAGCAACUCUUGGAAGACGUGAGUAAAAAAAAAAAAGUAAAAAAAAAAAAAAAGAAAAAAAAGAGAGAUAGGAUAUAGAAAGCAGGAGUAUAGACUUUUUUUUUUCUCCUGGAAGAAAAAAAAAUGAAUGUCAGCGAAGAGAACCUGCUCAAAUCCAUCUCCAACGACGCGCUCCUCGACCUGACGCAGCGCUACGGCCAGUCAGCCUUCGGGUUCGGUCCGGGACACGGUCCUGGAAGUCCCGGGCGGUUCCAGCUCACACCGGCCACCGACUUCCUCUCCGUGGGGACGGCGAAGAAGUCCAACGAGAGCGGCGGAGAGCACACCAGCGACGACGAGGACGGCUUCGACUCUCUUGACGCGUCCAGGAAGAGAGGCUCGCCAUUUGGAGACGAUAAAACCGGAGGUCCUCUCACCAAGAAGUCCAAAGAGCAGCGGUCCCUGCGGCUCAGCAUCAACGCCCGCGAGAGGAGGAGGAUGCACGACCUGAACGACGCGCUGGACGGCCUGCGCGGGGUUAUCCCCUACGCGCACAGCCCCUCGGUGAGAAAACUCUCCAAAAUAGCCACUCUCCUCCUGGCCAAGAACUACAUCCUCAUGCAGGCGCAGGCUCUGGAGGAGAUGAGGCGGCUGGUGGCGUAUCUGAACCAGGGACAGACCAUAACUUCUCCUAUCCCCACCGCGCUGGCGCCCUUUGGACAGCCGGCUGCCGUGUAUCCGUUCUCGGGCUCUGCGCUCGCAACCUGCGCCGAGAAGUGCACCACUUAUUCCGGGACACCGUCGAGUCUCUUCAAACACUGCAACGACAAGCCUUGAUCUGGUUUUAACAACACACUCUUUUUCCUGAACUUUUUACCUAUAGCCUACUACUACUGCAUCCAUAUGUCUCUCUACCACUCUAGUUACUUUUUAAAUCAUUCUGUGGAAAAGAAAACAAGUUUAUUCUAAUGCGUAAUCUUAAAAUAAGUAAUUAUACUGCAGUGUCUCAUCCAGAUUGAAUAAAACGCUACACAGAAAAUAAACAGUUUGGGCCUUCUUAUAUGAAGUCACUUUGUCGCUCCUAUAUACUUUACAGACAGGCCAAUGUCCAAAUUAUGAGUUUUUGGGGUCAAUUUUUUUGGAGGAUUAUCAGCUCUUAUUUGUAAUCUAUGCAACAUU